AUGAAGACCUUUCUCAUUCUCAGUGUUCUGCUCACAGGGGCAAGGCCUUAUGUCUAUCAGAAAUGUGAACUUGCUCAACUAUUGCGCAGGAAUGGUUUGGAUGGAUAUCGUGGGUACAGUCUGGAAAACUGGAUUUGUCUGGUUCAAUAUGAAAGCAACUACAACACAAGAAUAGUUGGACUUAACAAGAGGGCUGGAAGGACUUUAUCAUCAGAUUACGGGAUCUUUCAGAUCAACAGCGUCAGGUGGUGUGAAGAUGGUCAGACACAGCACCCAAAGAGAAGGAAAGGAUGUGGGAAGAGGUGCAAUGAUUUUAUCAAUGACAACAUCAUAGAUGACAUUCAGUGUGUGAAAAGGAUAGUGACACCUCAAGGGAUGAAUGCCUGGUAUAGCUGGAAGAAAAAAUGUCAGAGUCGAAACCUUGGCAAUUUUCUGGAUGACUGUAAAAUAUAA